CGUCGCGAUUUGCAGUUCACGAGUUCACCGCGAUAAUGUUAAACCGUCGCCUGUGUUUGUUGACGAUCGUUUUAACGUACUACGCGGAUCGCGGAAGUUUAAAGAAAUGUACGUCCUUGAAGGACAUCGUGGCUCUCGCGAAAGACGAUACCGGCACGGAUUUCAACGUCACCCUGCAAGGAUGCGUCGAGCGAAUCGCGUUCGAUGGCAAAACGCUAACGCAGGUUUAUAUCCGGGAACAAACGAUUCCAAUUUUGGAAGCCGAUUCGGUGAGGAACAUGGUCAAGCUCGACACGGUCUCCUUCUGGGGGUGCAAAAUGGACGAGGUGAAACCGGCCGCUUUCAGAAACGUCCCGCGUCUCAAAAACGUCCAGUUUGCGUACGGCAACGUCAAAGAAAUACCGAGGGGUUUGUUUGAUAAGAUACCCGAACUGCAGCACCUGAACAUACAGAACAAUCGGAUAGACGUCGUCGAGGAUCAAUCGUUCGCGAACUUGGCGUCUCUGAAGAGGAUCCACGCGAGCAAUAACCAACUGGACCACUGGAACAGGGAAUGGUUUACGAACACGACCGCGUUGGAAAUAAUGGACUUUCAAAACAACAGGAUCAGGAUGUUGCCGCGCAAAGCGUUCGCUAGUUUGAGGAAACUCAAACAGAUCUAUUUCGAUUUCAACGAAAUAUCCGUAAUACAAGAGCAAGCCUUCAGAGGUAUAACGAGCUUGGUUUAUUUGGGAUUGAGGCACAAUCGCUUGACUUCCAUACCGGAGAAUAUAUUUCCGAACGAGUUGAGGGUGCGGUCGUUUUUGAUCGACGCGAACCAUUUGAAUUUCUUGCCGAACGAGGUACUAAAAAAACUGUCCGUCAAAGAUAUAACGAUCGACAACAAUCCUUGGAAGUGCCCGUGCCUGGAUAGGAUAAAUUACUGGUUGCAUACCGCCAACGCGACGCUGAGAGUGGCGAGGUCGUGUACAGGGCCGCAAAUCCCCGUCUGCGCUUACCCAAGCGCUUUUUCUCAAACGUGUCUGGAAUAUGUUGACGCGGAACUUACGAGUUUUUAUAUUGCCGCGUUAAAAAAAAUCAAGACAUUGGAUCCGAGUUGCGCGAAGUUAGAUUAAUGGCUGGAAAUAUUUGACGAGAACAAAACAGCGCAAGCAUUAAAG